UCGCGCGGCUUCCGGUCGCGCCCGCCAUCUUGCCGUGAGACAGCAGAGGGACUGUGGGGGACGCGCGGCGCGAUGUUGUCGACUGUAGCCUCCCACUCGGGGCCCGGCCGGGAGCUGGCGGCGGAGCCGUACGGCGCGGCGGGCCCGCUGCAGCAGCGGUUCUCGCCCUACGCCUUUAACGGAGGGACCGUAUUGGCAAUUGCUGGAGAAGAUUUCUCAAUUGUUGCGUCUGACACCCGAUUGAGCGAGGGCUUUUCCAUUCACACCCGGGACAGCCCCAAAUGCUACAAAUUAACAGACAAAACAGUCAUUGGAUGCAGCGGUUUUCAUGGAGACUGCCUUACCCUGACAAAGAUUAUUGAAGCGAGACUAAAGAUGUACAAGCAUUCCAACAAUAAGGCCAUGACCACAGGGGCGAUUGCUGCGAUGCUGUCCACCAUCCUGUACUCCAGGCGCUUCUUUCCAUACUAUGUUUACAACAUCAUCGGGGGACUGGAUGAAGAAGGGAAGGGAGCUGUGUACAGCUUUGAUCCGGUGGGCUCCUACCAGAGAGACUCCUUCAAGGCUGGAGGCUCAGCAAGCGCCAUGCUGCAGCCCUUGCUGGACAACCAGGUUGGCUUCAAGAACAUGCAGAACGUGGAACAUGUGCCACUCUCUUUGGACAGAGCCAUGCGGCUGGUGAAAGAUGUCUUCAUUUCUGCAGCUGAGAGGGAUGUGUACACUGGGGACGCCCUCAGGAUCUGUAUUGUGACCAAAGAAGGCAUCAGGGAGGAGACCGUUCCCCUGAGGAAGGACUGAUGUGGGCUGUGCCUGGGCGUAUCCAGCAAGUCAGUUUCAUUAAAAAAAGAAGUGAAUUACCCGCUUUGUUAUAACGUCCCCUGUCUGGGCAAGACAGACCUAGGAGAUAGAGCUCCUUCCCUGCAUUGUCUUCCUUCUUCCUAUGGUUCUCUUUUUCAGGGAUAUUUUUGUAUGUUAAGUAUGUAAAUGCAGCUCAUGCAGUCUUUCCUUGCAUUUGUGAGCAAGGGUUUACCCUGAAGAAGCUGACCUGGAUCGGCCUGGGGCUCUUGCUGUUUGUCCUACCAGCCUGUGAAGGACUGUAAACCACCAGAGGGCACAGUGUGUACCGCACAUGUCGCUGUGGAGCUUUUCGUCUCCGAUGCUUUCUGAAGUUAGAAAUGGCUGUUAGAGAAAAUUCUUCCACUAGAGGAAGCUCAUGUAUCUCAGAGUGCUUGCUGCAGUGAAACCUGAGUGCUCAAGUUUUAGUUGAGAAGAAAAUAACUCACGUGCUCAGCUGCUGGGCGACCUGCUCACAGGCCAUCGCAUCCCCACCGCUCACCUGGUGCUGUGGCUCGCUCCCCAUCAGUGAUCUGUGGCGUAGUGGCGGCUUUUGUGCUUCAUCUUAGAAACCACUUUGGUUUACCUUUCCUCUUGUUAAAAAUUCAAAUCAUGAAAAGUCCUGGUAUAUAACGCAAUUUUAAGGUUCUGCAAACA